AUCAUCGCAGCUAAUAAGAACGAAGAUAGACAAUGCGUUGAAACGGUCAUCUUCGCCCGGUGUGUCUUAUCACUGUCCAAAGUGGGCACUAGUUCCCAAAAGUGCACAAGCAAUGGGUUGUUGCUUCUCAAGGCCCGCCGGCCCCAACGCCCCUUAUCCGGGUGGCAGCGCGGCGUCGCCCUCCGCGCGCGCCAUCAAUUCCCCGCCGUUGCACCCCUCCGCUACGGACGACAGCCCGCCGGUUUCGCGUGCCGACUCCCGUUCUCACCAGCCAGCGCAGUCGCCUCAUCCGCAGCAAUCCCAUUCCCAUUCCCAUUCCCAUUCCCACCAUACGCAUAGCUGUCGGCCGCCGCUGUCGCAACAUAUAGACAAGCCCCUGCGACGACACGAGUGGGUCGCGCGCGAUCGGUCGUGGACCCGUUCCCAAUUAGAUACGGAGCGAGCCGACUUCUUCGAUACGCGAGUUACCGGGCGCGCCGAGGUGUGGCAGGUCUUGAAGGCGGCGUUAGAGGUUCUGUGGGAGGCGGAUUUGGUUCGCGCGACUGGCGGCGAGCGGGAAGACGACGACGGGACGGGCGGGAUAGCCACGGCGCAGAGCAUCCUGAAGGCGGCCGAAGUCACCCUACCCACAGGCGAUUUAUCGAACGGGGUGUACGAUUCGCUAGGAAAUUAUUACGCGUUGCCGGAAUGGAUCGUGUGCGAUCCCGUGAACGUGAGCGAAGAAAACGGCGCGAAGAGGAACGAUGGCGAUGCGAGGCGGAAAGGUGACGGCGGGUUGGCCGGCGAGGAAGAUAGCGAAGAGGAGUUGGACGAAGAUGAAGCUUUGCGGCGGAGGGAGGAGAAGGGGAAAGGUGUUGCUAGUAUCAAGAACACGGUGAAAGUUCGUGCUAGACUUAGCGAGAAUUUACCAGAUGUGGUCGUUAGCGUUGGUAUCGAUGAAAGCGUGAGAAGUUUUGCUAAGAGGGUGGCCGAAGAAUCCGGGCUGUCUUCCGCAAAACGCGUCCGCGUAGCUUACAUGGGCAAAAUCCUUAAGGAGAACGCAUCGUUGCAGAGCCAGGGCUGGAAGAAAGGCCAUAUGGUAAACGCUCUAGUGUUCGACCGGUAGCAAUAGGUUACGGCGCUGUGCCGUCCUAUCCCUGCUCGUAUCGCCAACAUUCAUUCACCUCCGCGGAUACGAAUCCGCAAUGCCUAAUUUGGGUUCCGAAUAUCCAUUGCUGGAGCGUCAAUCCUUGGAUUUUCCUGACGUUUAUGUUCCUUACUUUGCCACUAUUCUAUAUCGGAUUCUGGAUAAUACCCCAAUAUUGCGUGCCUCACCGUGUUGGCAUAUGGCGGACUAUUGGAGUUAGGUGUGAUUAUAACGAACUCUUCGAAUUUGACGAAGGUAACGGGGCUUCGGCUGGGAAAGCUAAUAAUUACCUACUGUCAAGACUCGAGUUGAAGUCGAGUACAAUACCACGAUAUAUAAUGCAUAUUAAUUGUGAUGACGCCUCGUUGGAACGUGUCUACUUGGCGCAAUUCUGCUAAGCUACUGUUAUCCCCGCGAAUCGGAAUAUCGUCAUAGGGCUCUAAUGAUAACUAUGGGCAUUGAUCCGCGCAGUUGCGUCUGAAAUUCUGCGUCUGCUAAUGUAGUCGACUGAAGUGUCCUAGUUUAUAUUGAUCAGUAUCUUC